CACCGUAAAGACAGCUGACCGUUGGUAGCGUUCCUGGUGGCGUCGCUCUAGUCGGCGCUGACGAAUGGAUCUGGGGGCAUUCCUAGGCCUUGAAGGUUACUAGGCUUGAGUAAGAUAUCCUUAUUCCUCAUCUUCGGCUGAGCUUGCGGCGCGGUAAUAGUAGCUCUAUCUUUAGAUUCACGACUUUAGCAAGGCUGACCGGAUGGUCUGGGUCAUACAUAUUAAUAUGGGAAGUGAGGAACGCGGGCGUUUCGCAUGCCUAUAAAGUAGGGACAGGUCUUGUCUAGUGUUGAAGUGAGAUCUCAAGUCGAUCGUUCAAGCAGAUUAUCACCUUAGAUUGCUCAUUCUGCCAUAUUUACGUCGCCAAUCGGCCUUUCGGAUAGCAAGUCUCUUUUUGCUCCAAAAAUGGUGCUCAAGUCGAAGAUCGCAUCUUUGGCGCUUGUGCUGGCCCCGUCAGUAUGUGGCAAAGCUAUACCGCGUCUCCAGGCGCGGAGGCUCCUAGGGUCGUCCUUCGGAAUCCCAGGAGACAAUGCUACAUUUGACUACGUUGUCGUGGGAGGUGGAACCGCAGGCCUAACCUUGGCCACGAGAUUAGUAGAGCAGAAAGCCGGCAGCGUCGCCGUCAUCGAGGCCGGCACCUUUUAUGAGAUCAGCACGAGUAAUACUAGCCAGGUACCCGCUCUCGAUGGCCUCUUCGCAUCGAGGGGUGAACACGACUGGCAGCCCCUUAACGAUUGGGGGUAUGUAACUACACCUCAGGUGGGCGGUUAUAACGAAUCGAUCCAUUAUGCUCGGGGCAGGAUGCUCGGCGGAAGCUCGGCUCGAAAUUAUAUGGCUUACCACAGGGGCACCGCCGGGUCAUACCGAUUAUGGGCCGAGGCCGUCGGCGAUGACAGUUACACAUUCGACAACUUCCUCCCUUACUUUGAGAAGAGCGUCAACUUUACCGGACCAAGCGAGGCACGGUUUGCAAACGCGACUCCGAGAUACGAUCCGUCUACUCUCGGCGACGAGACCACCGGGCCUCUCUCGGUUACCUACUCCCGGUAUGCCCAAGCUUUUGCGACGUGGGCGACCGAAGGCCUCAGGGCGAUCGGUUUCCCAACCAUCGACGGGUUUCAGAGCGGCAGGCUUUUGGGACAGUCAUAUUGCCUAUUCACUAUCAACGCCGAUACCAUGGUUAGAGAUUCGUCUGAGACCUCCUUCCUUAGACAAGCCCUUAAGUACCCCGAGUACAUGGUAUAUCCGUUAACCAUGGCUAAGAGGAUCGUUUUCGAAGGUAAACGUGCGACGGGUGUCGUCGUUAAUACCCAGGGGGCCGAGUAUAUCCUGUCAGCCAGAAACGAGGUCAUCCUAUCAGCCGGCUUCGUCGGCUCGCCGCAGCUGCUCCUGGUCUCCGGCGUCGGGCCGGCAGACGCGUUGAGGGAGCUGGAUAUCCCCGUCGUGGCCGACCGGCCAGGUGUGGGCCAGGGGAUGCAGGACCACGUCUACUUCGGCAUCACGUACCGCGUCAACGCGCCAACUCUAUCCGCCCUGGAGGACCCCGCCUUCGCCGCCCAGCAGGCCAAGCUAUUCGAGGACAGCGGCGACGGCAUGUACGCGAACCCGACGACUGACGUCCUAGCGUGGGAGAAGGUCCCCGAGCCGCACCGUAGCCGGAUGCAAAACAGCUCCGUCGCGACGCUAGACCGAUAUUACCCGGCCGAUUGGCCCGAGGUCGAGUACCUUACACUCAGCAACUACAUCGGGGCACAGACGGACUCGCGGCGCGGCGCGCCUCGCGACGGGUACAACUACGCGACGCUCGCAGUGUCGAUCGUGGCGCCGCGGUCCCGCGGCACGAUCUCGAUCGCGUCGGCGGACACGGCCGUGCCGCCGAAUAUCAACCCGAACUUCCUCGCCGACCGCACCGACGCGGACGUUGCCGUCGCCGGCUUCAAGCGCGCCCGGGAGUUCUGGCGCUCCGACACGAUGCGCCCAUUCCGCGUCGGCGGCGAGUACUUCCCCGGCGCCAACGUCACGACCGACGCUCAGAUCGAGAACGUCAUCCGCCGUUCUUAUAAUACCAUCUACCACGGCGCGUGCACUUGCGCCAUGGGCCGCGCCGGCGAUCGCCACGCCGUGGUAGAUACGAAGGCUAGGGUUUUCGGUGUCGAAGGUUUGCGCGUCGUCGACGCCGCUGCGUUUCCGCUAUUGCCACCAGGACAUCCCCAGGCGACUGUCUAUGCACUCGCCGAGAAGAUUGCCUGUGACAUUUCUGGCAACUGCUAAAGUCCCCCCAGUUCCGCGCAACCCUUUGCCUCAGAGACGUCUUUUUCCGCCGCGGCACCUUUGUUUUGUCCCGCAACAAGACAGGUCUCGUGCGGUGCGUGGUGGGUGUUUUCGGAUAAUAGGGAGGUGGCUUGUUUUUGUGCAACCAACUGUACAAUUACCCGGGGGGAGCAAUCUGUACCGGCAUAGAUCGA